CAGUGUUGUCUCAGACUCCUUCCACACACAUUCCAGUGAUUCAUGCUGGAAAUGCUUAUCGCAGGAGUUACUGCAGGAAAGUUGUAAUCUAGCUCUCACCAGAACCCUCCCACAAUGGACACAACUUUGGGCAAGUACGCCAGCAUCGAAGAUGAACCACGGCAGAUGCCAGUCGACGCCGGAGCCCCCUUUGACAGAGGGGAUAUCAUAUUACGCAGUGCGGACAAUGUUGAUUUCCACUUUCACAAGCUGUUGCUGUCCCUAGCAUCAUCUUUCUUUUCGAAUAUGUUCUCCUUACCUCAGCCAGGCCCUCUCGAUGAUGCUGCAGACCUAACAAGGCAUGGUCUCCCCAUUAUACCAGUGACGGAGACAAGCGUCAUUUUGCGGAAGCUGCUGAGCUUUUGUUCCCCCGUCUACGACACAGACGUACCCGCUCUCGAAAACUUAGACAUUGUCAUGUCCGUCCUCGAUGCCGCCGAUAAAUACGACAUGAAACGAGUCGGUAUAUUCAUCGUUAAAAUGAUAACGGCUCCUAGGUUUCUAGAGAAAGAGCCUAUGCGAGUCUUUGCUAUCGGAUGUCGCUACCGUUCGGAGGCAGAGACUCUCAUGGCGGCGAGAUAUAUGCUGCGGUUUGCGGUGUGGGAGCCUGCAUAUGUCUCUGAAUUAGACUUCAUCUCUGGUUCGGACUUUCAGCGGUUGGUCAAGUACCACGCAAGUUGCGGUCAAGCUAUGACCCAACUUACCCGUCUUUGGCCAACGUAUCCCCUACCAUUGCUUGACUGCAAGUUCUGUCGCAAGAAGGGUGUUUCUCGCUUGUCCCUCAAAGAAUACCAAGAUAGUGUUAUAGAAGCGCUCCGCAUUCGACCAUCUGUGGAAAGCCUCCUUAAUCCUGAAUGGAUUGACAGUAUGGUGAAGAGGGCUGGAAGCUGUAUUGGCUGUAGAGAGAGAGCGCCGAGGAAGUUUGCUGAAUACGCAAAAGAGCUGGCUUUCCCGGUGAUGGAAAUCAUCCUAGAGAUUCGCCUGGAUAUUGAUUUUCGCUAAUGAUAUUUAUCUCGCCGUGUACUGGGGUCAGAAAACAGUUUAUGUAUGUCACACUUGCUUAACUGUAUUGUAAUGGGCAGGUACCCUUUGUAGAUUUCCCUUGCAUGCAGUAUGAUUUGGGGCACACCCCGGACCGAAGGGAUUGCUAUAUUCUCAAG